UAUAAUAUAAUAUAAUAUAAAAUCAAACGCAAUGCACUUUCUCAUCAGAAAAAAUGAAAAUCUUCCAUUAGACCCAGUUGGGAAAGCCCCUUAGCUACUUCAAUUGGGAAGAGCCGUCAAACGGACAGUAUAUGGGCUAGCUAACACCCUGAUUAUAAUGAGCUUUCUGUUUUUAGGAUUACUAUUCACUGUAAUAUUCACUAUAUAGUUCUUCCAGACGAAGAGCGUGCCGCUUAGGGCUAGCUACAGUUUACACAUUUUCCAGGUUCCUACAUAAUAUUCUUCAAUCAAAUUUUUUAUUAUUGCCCAAUGUUGCCCACACAUGGAACCCCAAACGUUUUUUUUAACUCUGUUCUAGAUGCCGUAAAGAUUUUUUACAUAUUUUUGUUUUAUUAUAGAACACAAGUGGCACCCAAUUUGCCAGAUGGAGUAGCUCACAAACUUGCUGCUAAUUACUAUUGUAACAGAGAUUUACGUCGAGCUGCGGCACCACCUAGUGUCGGUUAUACAUCUCAGAGUCUUUUAGAAUCAGGGUAAGAUCAUGGCUAAAAAUUGUCAAUUCAAUUAAAAAUGAUAAUUAAAAAAAUUUUAAAAAUAUGCAAAAGCGGCCUCGGUUUGCCCGUCCGAGCUAUACAGUUAUACAUGCAGUAUUCAUUUGUGCAAACUAAUAUGCAUCAAACCUAAUAUGCGUCAAACCUAUCUUUUUUCAAACCUCUUAUUUUUAUUAUUAUAAACAAGCCUGAUAUAGUAGUGAUAGUACAUUCACACUGAAAACCCGAAAAUACUCGGGGAAGGUUACAACCGCGUUACAGUUAUCAUUGCAAGACCUCGCAAUGUUCUAAAUAUUACGCAGUACAGUCGUAGACCUCUCUAAUUUGGAUACUAACGGAUAGUAGAGUCUAGAGAUCACCAUCAUGACUCCAUGAACUGAUAUAUAUAUAUAUAUAUAUAUAUAUAUAUAUAUAUAUAUAUAUAUAUAUAUAUAUAUAUAUAUAUAUAUAUAUAUAUAUAUAUAUAUAUAUAUAUAUAUAUAUAUAUAUAUAUAUAUAUAUAUAUAUAUAUAUAUAUAUAUGUAAUAUAUAUAUAUAUAUAUAUAUAUAUCGAGUUUCCAAUUAUAUAUAUCUUGAUUGACUACUUAUAUGAUCUACUGUAUAGCUCAGCCUCUGUUAUACAGGGUGUAUAAAAAAAAACUGAACAGAUAUGAAUUUGCUCUCAAUUUUGCAAAACAGCUAUUAGUAUUUAUUUUUUUAUGUAUAUAGCUUCUUUGGGUACUUAUAAUGUAGAAUAAUGAAAAAAAUCCUCGAACUCAAAUUUUGUGAACCAGGGGGGGGGUGUCUCUUUUCCAACAAACUAAAAAUGGCUUGCGCACAAAAUUUAAAAGCUUUAAUCAUAUUUUGAGUUAAUAGAUGGAAAAUUUGUUGGGAUUUCAAUUAGUGUACAAAAUUUCAGACAAUUUCAUUUUUUCCUAAAAAAUCAGCCUUUCGCAUGCUUAAUUAAUGCCUUUACCUAAUUUGCAUAUUGCUGACAUAUGCAAAUUAGGCAAAUGCAUUAAUUAAGCAUGUAAAUAGCUGAUUUUUAGGAAAAAAGUAAGUUUGCGUGAAUAGUUAAAGGGCUUAAACUAAAGCAAAUUGUCUGAAAUUUUGUACAGUAAUUCAAAACCCAACAAAUUUUCCAUCUAUUAACUCCAAAUAUGAUUAAAGCUUUUAAAUUUCGUGCGCAAGUCAUUGUUAGUUUGUUGGAAAAGACACACCCCCUGGUUCACAAAAUUUGAGUUCGAGAAAUUUUUUAAAUUAUUCUACAUUAUAAGUACCCAAAGAACUAUAUACAUAAAAAACUGGAUACUAAUAGCUUUUUUGCGAAAUUGAGAGCAAUUUCAAAUCUGUUCAGUUUUUUUUUAUACACCCUGUAUAGAUACUGCAUGUAUACGGAUCCAUAUAUUACAAGUGUUUUGUUGGGUAAUUGAAAACAGUAUAUAUAGGUGCCCUACUGUACUCCCAUUGACCGCUAGCCCCUAGACAGAGUAAAAUAAUCUGCCGUCAAGAUGGUAAAAUACUAAAGUAGAGGGAAUUCUGGGGCAAUCCGCAAGUUAUUGAGUUAAAUAGAAUGCGCUUCCUGUAGGGUUCCAGCAGAGGGUAGAAUUAUGCAAUAUCUUGACCACGCGGUCUCCUAUAUGCUAUGCCUAUACUUUAGGCAACUGUCAAAUGGUAUUUUCGUGAAGCUUGAAUACGGGUUUUCGAUUUUGCGAUCCUUAACUUCAAAUGUUGUUAAUAUGUGCAGGCAAAACUAGACUAGAUGGCAAGUGAAUUUUAAUUAAUGUUCCAGGCAACCGAUUUUCAUGUUCAACUUGCCCUGAUAGCAAGUGGUAAAAUUACACCACUCCUAUACUCAUGAAAAUUCCUUCCGCUCGUGCUUGGAACACCGUCGUAUUGUGAUACUUUCUGAAGUGAAAGCUAUUUACAAACCCUAGAAAGUCCUAGAAUAUGCUCGAAUUAUAUUAAACUUGACAGGAAUGAAUGUAAUUAUUGUAAUUAUAAUAACAAUGUCAAAGCAUGGGUUCAGCUAAAAUAUUAUGAAAAAUGCAAAUGAAAUGAAAUGAAAUAUAAACAAGGACGAUAUUCUUAACCUCUAUUUGUUUUUUCUUGUAGUUCGCAAACAAAGGAAUUAAAAAGUGAGAUAUUGACAGGUUUAUCUCCUGGCUCUGUCUACGUCCCUCGGCCUUGAAGAGUUCGUUCAAACAAAUGCACGGAUGUUCGUAGCCUGGUGGUCGUGGUGGACUGUUAACGUAUGAUUUUGUAGGGAAUACAUUU